AUGUUAGCCGCAGCACCCGACUAUUUUUAUGAUACUUACGCGGCGGCCGACGGUAAGUUCAUGUUCAAUUUUGUCUUGCUAUAUCACAGUACAAUUCCCGUCGCGUUAGUUGACGGGAUAACCGUCAUGAAGUCACGGAAAUUGAGUUUUGCGAUUUUCGUGGCUCUGUCGUUACAGACUAUCCGAGUAGAUACACAAAAUUUACCCUGUUCGGUUUGUCCAAAGGCUAUAAGUGCCAUCAACAUCAACAACACCAUCACUGACAUCAAUAAAAUCUUCAAUGACGACACUUCACUGAGCCAGGAACAACAACAAGAGAUCGCUGCCGGAAGUCUAGAUCCGUUUCAAGACUCUAAAUCAGGUCUACCAGAAGGGCGGGGAAAGAAGAAAAAAAAAAUCAAAAAAAGUUCGAUGAACAUGAUGCUGGGCGGAAGCAUAAUGGCAACUUUCGUUGUGAUAUUUUUUUUCUUGAAUAUGAUAACCGUGACGCUCGGAAAAGCGCUGUUUUUCACGUUCAUUGCCAAGUUUUUGGUAUCUGUAAAUUGGAAAUCGUCGGAACCCUCGUCAAAGAAGAAAUCUUCUCAUAAUGAAAUAACAGUCUUAAUGACGUAA